AAGUGUUCUACUUGUAAUAACCCUAGUGUUCACUCUCUGGUUUUUUGGCUUCCAGACACAGAAAGACCCAUCUGCACCUAGUUCCGGGGGUAAUCACCCUUGUUCGUUGGGAUCAUCUUGAAGGGGAAGCUCCACUGCCAAAAAUGACUCUAUUUUCCGGAAAACGCCCUCUUCCAAAGUUCAGCGCCUAUCCCCCUGACUACAAGUGUCGAAAGGUUACCGCCAUCCAUCGGAUCCCUCCGUACUUGGGUGAUCAUGCCUCUCGAGUGGAUGCAAGAUCAACCAGAAAUUCAAAAGUUGGUGAAGAGGGGAAUAUAGUACCGGUCAAAAAAUCAGAACCAAAUGAUAUGGAAUGCGAAACUACUAAGCCCAUGUUGUCAAAUGCCAAUGUUGAAGAAGCUCUUUGGCAAUGGGUGACAGUGGACAAUGAUGUCGAAGUGUUCGUAAAAACCCCAGAUCAGCCUAAACCGAUUGAUGUACCGGAAAACAUAACCAAGGCGGAACCAAUCACUACAUUAGCUAUUUCCACAUUCUCGUCUCACACUCUUCCAUGUGUUCGUAAAUAUCCAUCCCCAAAGAUGCCGAAGGGGGUCACUACCUAUCGUGAUUUUCCUUUAUGCUUUGGAAAGCGAAAUGGUACAUCGGAUUCCAAUAAGGUUUUGGGUAAUAAGUGCAGUGUGGAACAAAUGCAAGUAGUUGACACAAAAAGAACUGAUGGGAAACAAGAAGAAGUUCCAAUUCAAGAUGGGAAUGGUUUCGAGAACCAGCUCGAAGGGAAUGCUUUGAAGGAAAUGGUGGAUAAAAUCCGCAGCAACUCUGUUCGCUGUGAAACGGACACUAAGAGCAUUGGAGGAAAAACUUCGGAAUAUAUAGUUAUACAGGAUGAUUCAGUUUUAUUGCAGAAUCAGGAUGUCAAAGAAUAUUCUCAGGAGAAAUCUAUUGUUCCAUGUGAGGACACACUGUUUAAGGACAAAGAAAUAGAGAACCCUAUUCUUGUGGGCGGAAAACCAAAUGAUCUUAGCGUUGUUCCUUGUGUGAAAAUCAACGAAGACAUGACUCCUAGUAAAGUGAGGGAAGUUUUGAAUCUGUUCCAAGAGAUGUUUACGAUGCUUUCAAAUGAACACAAGGUAGAGGCAAAGGGAAAAAGAAAGCCGCACUUUUGUGUGAAAGCUGCAACGCUUCUUAAAGAGCAACAAAAAUGGGUAAAUACUGAAAAGUUAUCAGGACCUGUCCCGGGGGUAGAAAUUGGUGACAAAUUCCAAUUUCGGGCUGAACUCGUUGUUAUAGGCCUCCAUCGUCAGUUUGAAGGUGGAAUUGAUUACAUGGAGAGAAAUGGGAUAAAUUUCGCCACGAGCGUUGUUAAGUCCGGUCGCUAUGGCAAUGAUGCAGCAGAACCUUCUGAUGAUCUGAUAUAUUCUGGUCAAGGUGGAAAUCCAAAGAUUGCCGACAAGGCCCCCAAAGAUCAAAAGCUUACACGGGGAAAUCUUGCCUUGAAAAACAGCAUGGAUGCUGGGCUCCCUGUCAGGGUUAUUUUGAAGACUAAAAGAAGGUCACAGACAACGUAUACGUACCAUGGGCUGUAUACGGUGACCCAAUGUAGGCAAGAAAGAGGGGAGUAUGGAAAAUUGGUUUAUAAGUUUGUUUUGAAUAGAUUGGCGGGGCAACCGAAACUCCAAGGAGUAAAUGUUGGCAUGCCAAAGAAGUCUACGGUCUUGAAGUUACCUAGUGAUGCUGCUGAUGAUAUUUCUCAAGGAAAAGAGGAGAAGCCUGUUCGCGUAAUCAACAUCGUGGACGAUGAGAAACUUCCACCGUUUCAUUAUGUUACCAAUGUGAUCUACCCUAAGUGGUACGAGUCUAACCACUCUGUCCCUAGGGGUUGCGAUUGCAUCAAUGGAUGCGUGGAUUUCGAGAGAUGCCCAUGCACUGUUAGGUAUGGGGGCGACAUUCCAUUCACUUUGGAAGGCGCUAUUGUUAGGAAAAAGCCUCUUGUUUACGAGUGUGGCCCAUCUUGCAAAUGCCCGCCUUCUUGCCAAAAUAGGGUUAGCCAAAACGGGAUUCGAUACCGUUUGGAGAUUUUUAAGACCGAGAAAAUGGGGUGGGGUGUUAGAUCGCGGGACUUCAUUCAAUCCGGCGGUUUUGUUUGCGAGUACACGGGAGAGUUGCUUCAAGAACAGGAAGCAGAGGAAAGAGUCGGUAACGAUGAGUAUCUAUUCGAUAUCGGGAAGAAUGGUAGUGGUUUCACUAUUGAUGCAGCUAAAUUUGGGAAUGUGGGGAGGUUCAUAAACCAUAGUUGCUCUCCAAACCUCUAUGCCCAAAAUGUCCUUUAUGAUCAUGAUGACAAGAGAAUGCCACACAUAAUGUUCUUUGCUACCAAAAACAUACCUCCUUUAAGAGAGUUGACUUAUGAUUACAACUAUAAGGUGGAUCGAGUUCGUGAUGGCAAUGGCGACAUUAAGAGGAAGGAUUGUUAUUGUGGUUCUCGCUCGUGUAGUGGGAGGUUGUAUUGAGGAAGGAUUUGCUUGAUAAUUUUAAAUGCAUUCUAGGAGCUAAAAUUUUCGUUUGAUGCAUGCUUUGUCAUUUUGUAAUUCGUUUCUAUACACCACCUAUGUCGCUGGUGGUCAUGGGUAGUCAUGGAAAUGGCCUCUCUGCUUGUGAGGAAAAGGUUGAAAAGGUUGUGUCCAUUCAAGUGUAUGUUGCACUGAAAUUUUGACCUAACAACAUGUCCAAAAAGUAGAGAUGUCAAACGGGCC